CGUGGGCGGGCCGUUAGGGAGGCGGGGCGCGGAGCCUGGUAACCGUUGCCGGUAACAACGCUCCGCCCCGUCGGGCGGGCAGGCGGCGCGAGGCUGGCGGGCGGCGGGAGCCGGAGGAGGAGCGGCCGCAGCCGCCACCGCCGCCGCCAUAGAGACUGUAGCCGUGGAGACUGUUACUUACCAACGGGGACCAACACGCAGCAGCCGCUGCCGCCGCCGCGGGAGCUGCUGCCCGAACUCCCGGCCCGAACUCCAGACCUGAGCAUGCAGAAUUCCGAGGCUGGAGCGGAUUCGCCAGCAUCCGUGGCUCUGCGUCCCUCGGCGGCAGCCCCGCCUGUGCCAGCGUCCCCACAGAGGGUGUUGGUCCAGGCAGCCAGCUCUGCUCCCAAAGGGGCCCAGAUGCAGCCGAUCUCCCUCUCCAGAGUUCAGCAGUUGCCCCAGCAGGUGCAGCCGGUGCAGCACGUGUAUCCCGCCCAGGUGCAGUACGUGGAAGGGGGAGACGCCGUCUACACAAAUGGAGCCAUACGAGCGGCUUACACCUACAACCCUGAGCCUCAGAUGUACGCCCCCAGCAGCGCGGCUUCUUACUUUGAGACCCCGGCCGGUGCCCAGGUGACCGUGGCAGCCUCGUCCCCGCCAGCGGUCCCCUCCCACAGCAUGGUGGGCAUCACCAUGGAUGUUGGGGGGAGCCCCAUCAUCUCCAGCACGGGAGCCUAUCUCAUCCACGGGGGGAUGGACAGCACCAGACACUCCCUGGCCCACACCUCCCGGUCAUCUCCAGCCACGCUUGAAAUGGCGAUUGAAAACCUCCAAAAAAGCGAAGGACUCACAUCACACAAAAGCGGUUUACUCAACAGCCAUCUCCAGUGGCUGUUGGAUAAUUACGAAACUGCGGAAGGCGUGAGCCUCCCCAGAAGUUCCCUUUACAACCACUACCUUCGGCACUGCCAGGAGCACAAGCUAGACCCCGUGAACGCCGCCUCCUUCGGGAAACUGAUCCGUUCCGUGUUUAUGGGGCUGAGAACGCGGCGGCUGGGCACCAGGGGCAACUCCAAGUACCAUUACUACGGGAUUCGUCUGAAGCCAGACUCCCCGCUGAACCGGCUGCAGGAGGACACGCAGUACAUGGCCAUGCGGCAGCAGCCCAUGCACCAGAAGCCCAGGUACCGGCCAGCUCAGAAGACAGACAGCCUUGGGGACAGCGGCUCCCACAGUGGCCUGCACAGCACUCCGGAACAGACCAUGGCCGCACAGAGCCAGCACCACCAGCAGUACAUAGAUGUCUCCCAUGUCUUCCCCGAGUUCCCAGCGCCCGACCUGGGCAGCGUCCUGCUGCAGGAGGGCAUCACCCUGCACGAUGUCAAGGCCCUACAGCUGGUGUACAGACGGCACUGCGAGGCAACUGUAGAUGUAGUGAUGAACCUCCAGUUCCACUACAUUGAGAAGCUGUGGCUCUCCUUCUGGAACUCAAAGGCCUCCUCCAGCGAAGACCCCACCUCUCUGCCUGCCAGUGACGAAGACCCCGAGGGUGCCGUCCUGCCCAAGGACAAGCUCGUCUCCCUGUGUCAGUGCGACCCCAUCCUCAGGUGGAUGCGGAGCUGCGACCACAUCCUCUACCAGGCGCUGGUGGAGAUUCUCAUCCCCGACGUGUUGAGGCCGGUCCCCAGUACCUUGACACAGGCUAUCCGUAACUUUGCCAAGAGCUUGGAAGGCUGGUUGACAAACGCCAUGAGCGACUUCCCACAACAGGUCAUCCAGACCAAGGUGGGCGUCGUCAGUGCCUUUGCCCAGACGCUGCGGCGCUACACGUCCCUCAACCACCUGGCGCAGGCGGCCCGGGCAGUGCUUCAGAAUACGUCCCAGAUCAACCAGAUGCUCAGCGACCUCAACCGCGUGGACUUUGCCAACGUGCAGGAGCAGGCCUCGUGGGUGUGCCAGUGCGAGGAGAGCGUGGUGCAGCGGCUGGAGCAGGAUUUCAAGCUGACCCUGCAGCAGCAGAGCUCCCUGGACCAGUGGGCCAGCUGGCUGGAUGGCGUUGUCACCCAGGUCCUGAAGCAGCAUGCCGGCAGCCCCAGCUUCCCGAAGGCCGCCCGGCAGUUCCUGCUGAAAUGGUCCUUUUACAGAUCCGAAGGGCACAAGUCUCCAAAUUAAAAAAGCUGCCGACUUUCCCCAAAGAGGCUUCUGGUGAAAUUUCAAAACACCAAGCUUGAGAACCAACCAUAGAAUCUUCUAGAGAGAAGAUGACAGGCUGGGGAUGGGAGCAGCGUUAGACUUCUGAACAGUGAUGCAGAAACCUGGAAGGCAGCAAAGCCAUGUCCUGGGCGUUCUGAAGGGAAAGUAUUUCCAGGCUACAGACCUACCCUGUGCGACCAGCGCUGGGGAGCAGGACUUCCGGAGGGGUCAUCCCCAGGAAAGGCACCAAGAUGCCUCCUGCAGUUCUGUCAGGGGUUUUAGUCUCACUGAGUGAAACGUGUGGAUUAAAACACACAAACAAACAAAAACGGUUAUUACCAGGAAAUGCAAAGCUGUUCUGUGGCUGGGGGGGUCCCACACGACCCAGCGCAUGGCGAGCUAUGGCCCCAGGGCCACAUCAUUAGCCCCGCCUGUAUUGGUCCGUCUCACACUGCCAAUCCAGACAUACUCAAGACUGGGUAAUUUACAAAGAAAAGUAGGUUUAAUAGACUCACAGUUCCACACAGCUGGGGAGGCCUCGAAAUCAUGGUGGAAGGCCAAGGAAGAGCAAAGGCACAUCUUAUAUGGCAGCAGGCAAGGGAGCAUGUGCAGGGAAGUCCCCUUUAUAAGACGAUCCAUGUCAUGAGAUUCACUCACUGUCAGGAGUACAGCACGGGAAACACUGCCCCAGGAUUCAGUUACCUCCCACUGGGUCCCUCCCACACUACAUGGGGAUCGUUACAUCAAGGUGAGAUUUGGGUGGGGACACAAAGCCAAACCAUAUCAUUGCCCCAGCUCAUUGUGCAAAUAAAGUUUUAUUGGAACCUCAGCCACACGCAUUUGUUCACAGAUCAGCUGUCAUUGCAAACAGAACUGUGUGACUGUUGGGCACAAAGCUGAAGAUAUUUACUGUCUGGCAUGAAAAUGAGUUUGCCUGGCUGGGCACAGUGGCUCACGCCUGUAAUCCCCACACUUUGGGAGGCUGAGGCUAGCGGAUCACUUGAGGUCAGGAGUUCAAGACCAGCCUGGCCAACAUAGUGAAACCCCGUCUCUACUAAAAAUACAAAAAAAUUAGCUGGGUGUGGUGGCAGACGCCUGAAAUCCCACUACUUGGGAGGCUGAGGCAGGAGAAUCACUUGAAUUUGGGAGGAAGAGGUUGUAGUGAGCCAAGAUUGUGCCACUGCACUCAAGCCUGGGCAACGAGACAAACGCCAUCUGAAAAAAAAAGAAGGCCGGCGCGGUGGCUCAAGCCUGUAAUCCCAGCACUUUGGGAGGCUGAGGCGGGUGGAUCACGAGGUCAAGAGAUCAAGACCAUCCUGGUUAACAUGGUGAAACCCCGUCUCUUCUAAAGAUACAAAAAAUUAGCUGGGCAUGGUGGUGCAUGCCUGUAAUCCCAGCUGCUCAGGAGGCUGCGGCAGGAGAAUUGCCUGAACCCAGGAGGUGGAGAUUGUGGUGAGCCGAGAUCGCACCAUUGCACUCCAGCCUGGGUAACAAGAGUGAAACUCCGUCUCAAAAAAAAAAAAAAACAAGAACACGUUUGCUGACCCCUCAGCUGGCCAGCCAGUGUCUCCCUGUUCUCAGCUGUCUCCUUACACACUCCCCUGGCCACACUGCCUCAGGGCCUUUGCACCUGCCCCCUCUUGCCUGGAACAUCUGUAAAUAAGACUGCCCGUUCUUUCCCACAUUCCAUGCCCCACGCCCUGCUUUUCUCCUGGCAGCAACCAUCAGCUGUCCCUUGUCAUCUCUUCAAUUGUCUGUUGUCUGUCUCCUGCAUAAUCAAGCACGCUACCCAAGUGCCGGGACCUUGCUUCUGUUUAAAUGCUGGCUGAGUGAAUGAAUGAGAGGAACCCCACGCCUAAUAGACCGGGGCUCCGCCGUGGACCUAGCACACCCUUGCCACGUAACAGAAACACCAGCGUAGCCAGAAAUUACAGUAAAGCCACACUGGGGUAACGGGGGAGGAAGAGCAAGGGAAGAGACAGCAUAGGGAUGUUGAUGGCCGUCUCCACAGACAGAGGGACGGCUGCAAGUGGAAGAAUCCGGACGAGCAGAGUGAGUGCAGGACUGAGGCAUCUGCCCGCCAAAGAAGAGCACAGCUCAGAGCUGGAGCGAUCAGGGUGGCCUCUGCAAGGUGGGGAUGCUCUUCCCAAGGGAGACUGAGACACUGUUCCACUUCAUUCUUAUUUUUAAACAGAAUCUGCCCCUGUCGCCCAGGCUGGAGUGCAGUGGCGCGAUCUCGGCUCACUGCAACGUCCGCCUCCUGGGUUCCAGCAAUUCUCGUGCCUUAGCCUCCCGAGUAGCUGGGAUUACAAAAAUUAGCUGCAUGCCACCAGGCCUGGCUAAUUUUUAUGUUUUUAGUAGAGACGGGGUUUUGCCAUGUUGCAACUCUUAACCUCAGGUGAUCCACCUGCUUUAGCCUUACAAAGUGCCAGAUUCCGGGCGUGAGCUACCACACGCAGCCUGACUGCAUCCUCUUGCACGUGCAGCGCUGUCAUAACAAAUAAAAACGAGGUUUACGGGAUUUAUUUCUGUAGCGCCUGCUAGAAAAUGGUAGCAGGUAGGCUGGGGCCUUGGCUGGUUGACCCCCAAGCUCUGCCUGGGCCCCCCUUAGUGGUGGUCCGCCCAUGCUUCUGCCCUCUGGGAGCUGUGAGCCCAUUGGGAAACCCAGAAAUAGCGAGGUGACUGCAGGCCAUGUUCUGGAAAUAGUGUGGACUGAAGCAUCGCUCCAGACACUGGGGCUGUGGGAGGGUGGGU